AUGACGACGGAGGUUGGCCCUGAUGACAGUGUCGUGAAUAACUUCAUCAUUACCCCACCGUCCCCAAGGUCGGAGUGGACAAUACACGACUUUGAGCUGCUGCACAAGCUGGGUGGUGGAAACUACGGCGAUGUCUACUUGGCGAGUGUGCGCAAGAGCAACUAUGUCGUGGCCAUCAAGAAGCUCUCUAUCAAAAAACUGGCAGAGUUUGAUAUCGCCAACCAGCUGCGGCGCGAGAUCGAGAUCGCCUUCAACACGCGGCAUAAGUACCUCCUGCGAACCUAUGCCUACUUCUUCGACGAGCACGAUAUUUACCUCAUCCUGGAGCCGUGCAGCAAUGGUAUGCUCUACAGCGAGCUGAAUCGCGUGAAGCUGUUCCCACCACCGACGGCAGCCCGCUACGUAGCACAGCUGACCGAGGCGCUUCUGUACCUCCACCAGCACCACAUUCUGCAUCGCGACAUCAAGCCAGAGAACAUUCUGUUGGACCACAACCAGAAUAUCAAGCUCGCCGAUUUCGGCUGGUCGGUGCACGAUCCGCUGAAUCGGCGCAAGACCUCCUGCGGGACGCCAGAGUACUUUCCGCCUGAGAUUGUCAGUCGGCAGAUGUAUGAUAUGACCGCCGACCUCUGGUGCCUGGGCAUCUUCUGCUUUGAGCUACUUGUGGGCCACACGCCGUUUGUGUGCAAGGACAACGACCAAAUCUACAAGAAGAUCCAUGCGAUGCAGUACACCAUCCCGGACAGCGUUCCACCAGAGGCAAAGGAUUUGAUUUCGAAUCUGCUCGUCCGCGAGGGGUCGAAGCGGCUGGCGCUACAUCGCGUGCUGAACCACCCGUUCUUGCUCAAAUACUACUAUGUGCCGAACGGUAUUACACCCCCGACGGGAAAGCGGCCGCGCAGCUAG